AUGGCUGGCAAGCUGUGGGCCAAACACGCCGUGUCGAACGGCGUCUCGACCCCCGUGGGCGAUCCGUGUUUGGAUUGCCGUGACUUCCAAUGGGGCACUUCCCCAGUCUGGAGGAGCUUCGAGGAGGUGGCCGCCGAGAACACUGGCAACGAGAACAAUGCUGCGUCUGCUGGUCUCGCAGUGAAGAGGGGGGAGGAGGCGAGGGAUUUCAUUCCUUCCACGGUGACGGCGUCGCAUUCCUCGGGCUACACGGUGAAGCGGUACGUCAAUGUUCUGAACGCCAGUGAGUUGAGGGCGGAGCUCGACAGGGAUCCCAAGGGCAUGGUCGUGAAGCACGUCCCGACUAUGAUGCUGCCGAACCCCAGGGAGCCAGGAUCGGUCGAGAAAGUGUGGCAGUUCGAAUGCGACCCGCUCAGCAAGUACCGCGUGGUGGAGUUUUUCGACACCUUCAUGGCGGAUCGUUGCACUCAGAGGCUCACCCCAGAUCGGCACUACUUCAAUCAGCAGGACUCGAGGUGCCUGAACAAGGUUUGCGGCGAGGUUCUCUCGGAGGCGCUUGUGCCGAACGAGAAGGGCGCAACGCUUGAGGCUUCCUUCAUCGUCGCUCCGCCCAAGCUGGACGACCUCAAGGCGAAGUCCGCAGGGCUGAACGAGCGCAGGGACUCCAACAGAGCUGCGAGGUCUCCCGAAGGCAUGGACGAUGCCGCCUCCGUGGCAGGCGAGUCGUUGGCCAGCUUCCGGACUGCGGGCGGCUUGGAGGGCAGCCAGUUGCCAGCGCAAGUGCGCAUCCAGUCGUUGAAUCAGGAGACCGUCGUUGUCUACGUGGGGAGUAAGCUUUCAUCCUUAGACUUCGUGGGUGCCAUGACCAAGGGCAAGCAGGGGGUCGCCAAGCAUCACGUGGCCGACGCUGCCGAGAAGCUGCACAAGCACGGUUGGACGGACGAGGCAAAGGAGAUGCGGAAGAAGUUGAAGAUUUUCAACUACGCCGAGAUGCUGCACUACUCUGUGAUCAUGGAUCAGUCGCCUGAGAUGUUGCACCUAGCUCUGGACGCGCUGAAGGGCGAAGGCAUUCCGAUCCCGAGUGAUGUUCACAAGAAUUUGUUGCACAGGGUGAAGAACGAGCAACUCAAGGGCAAGUGCGACGAGAACAUGGCCAAGGAGCUGGUCACCAUUACCUUGCCUUGGCGGGCGUCGCAGGUCACCGCUGGCGAGGUCUACAACGUGAAGGCUCCGAAGGCCGCGCUGUGCGAGUGUCUGGACUCGCCGUGGAAGGUGUCGUUCUUUUCGCAGGUGGUGGGUAAAAAAAUCAUUGAGCCGCUGAUCAUGGCGGGCGACGGCGGCAUCCCCGUCUUGAGCAGCGUCCUGGAGUACAUCGAGAAGCUCUGCAUGGAGGUCGCGGAAGCUGAGAUGGAGGUGAGCCAUUGGAACAUCAGCGAACCGUGA